AAGGCCCACGUCAGCCUCAUCCAGACCCACGGGGAGGACGACGGCGCCCAAGGCCCAGAUGUUGGACAGCCUCCCGGCCACGACGUCACUGAGGCAGAGGCAGCCCGCCUCGUCGUGGCGAGGCACGAGCACUACGGGCUUGCGGCGGAUGUGGACAACCUGCGAGACCGCCUCGAGACCGCGAAGGGCAGCCAGGCCCAGCUCCGGGCGAAGGUCCAGGCACAGGGCGCGGCCAUGGAGGCGCUGCACCUCCGGGCGGCCGCGAGUGGCGGCGCCGCCCAGCAGGCCCAGCACCUCACACAGGCAGUGGUUCUGUACAUGAAGGCGCUGAUCGGCACCUUCCUGGCCGCGGGGCUGGCGUGUGGCGGCUGCGUGGUGACGUGGCAGAAGCCGAGGCACUGUUGCCCGAGCAGCCGCGGCGAGGACGGUGGCGCGCCGAAGCUGGGCCUGAAGGCGCGCCGCCCGCCUGGUGCCGCCGCGCGGCCGCCACCCGUCGACGGCGCGGACGGCGAG